AACCUCAUGUUUCACAAGAAGAAGACACACGAUCGUGACAACGUUGCAAUGUUUCUUUCCUAAAUGCCUUUCGGGUGUCAGUCUGUGUGAACUCUUGCGGUCAGCGGUCAGUUCUGUAUGUGUUUACGUGUUAUCUGAGUCCAGAGAGGGACGACGUCACUUUCAGAGCCAUAAACCGCUCCAGUGACCAGCGUUUGUUCUCGAGUGGCGACGUGUACAGGAACUGCGCGAUGAGCUGCACAUAGACAGUCGCUCAAGGUGCUCUCAGUACAGCAGGCCACUGGCUCCUGUUCAUUCAUCUGAUAUUUAAUUUUUUUGGAAAGGACCGUUCAAACGUACAGGGUUUCUACAUCUGUUUGUGACGUUCUAGCAGUAAAACCAUGUCUAACCAGAGAAGACCUCAGCCUGGCCGCCUGUGCGCCUCAAUUUUGGCAGUAUUUGUGAUGCUGGCUUUGCAUGUUCAGGCCAGGCCUGCAAAUAUAUCGGCGUUAAAAGACAAACACCCCAACAGCAAAGAGGACAAUGAGAUCCUUCCCCCAGACCAUCUGAACGGUGUGAAGAUGGAAAUGGACGGUCACCUCAAUAAAGACUUUCAUCAGGAGGUGUUUCUGGGGAAGGAGAUGGAGGAGUUUGAGGAGGACUCGGAGCCCAGAAGGAACAGGAAGAAACUUAUUGAAAUCUUCACCAAGGUGGAUAUUAAUAAAGACAGGAGUGUCAGUGCUAAAGAAAUGCAGCGCUGGAUCAUGGAGAAGACAGAAGAACAUUUUCAGGAGGCCGUUAAAGAAAAUAAACUCAGUUUUCGUGCCGUGGACCCUGAUGGGGAUGGACAUGUAACUUGGGAUGAAUACCGUGUGAAGUUUUUGGCCAGUAAAGGUUUCAAUGAAAAAGAAGUGGCUGAGAAGAUCAAAAACAAUGAAGAACUCAAAGUAGAUGAAGAAACUCAGGAGGUUCUGGAGAGCUUGAAGGAUCGCUGGUUCCAAGCAGAUAACCCUCCAGCUGACCAGCUGCUGAAUGAAGAAGAGUUCCUCUCGUUCCUGCACCCGGAGCACAGCAGAGGCAUGCUGAGAUACAUGGUCAAGGAGAUCGUCCGAGAUCUUGAUCAAGAUGGAGAUGGAAAGUUGACUCUUGCUGAAUUUAUCUCCCUCCCCAUGGGAACUGUGGAGAAUCAGCAGGCACAAGAUAUCGAUGACGACUGGGUUCGUGAAAGGAAGAAGGAGUUUGAAGAAGUCAUUGACGCUAACCAUGAUAUGAUUGUAACCAUGGAAGAGCUGGAGGAAUACAUGGACCCUAUGAAUGAGUACAACGCCCUGAAUGAAGCUAAGCAGAUGAUUGCUGUGGCAGAUGAGAACCAAAACCACAACCUGGAACUAGAGGAGAUCCUUAAAUACAGCGAGUACUUCACUGGCAGCAAACUCAUGGACUAUGCCCGUAACGUACAUGAGGAGUUCUAAGACGUCUCCUCAGGUCUUUAUGAAUAAGAAUAGCAUGUAUAUAUCCCUAAAGUGUCACAAGGAUGGACUUUGCUUGCUUCCCAGACUGGGAUCAACAAGUGCAUUCGGACAUGUUUGUAUAUGUACAAAACCUCAAGCCACAAAACCUUGUAAUGUUGCAAUGCGCAGAUAUAACAUGUUAUUAAGAGUUUGCCUUCAUAAUGUCAUAGAUUUCCAUUUGAGCCCCUUAAAGUUCCAUAUAAAUAAUUUUAGACACUUUGUCACUUUCAUCAGGUUUUUGAGUGCUGAGAAAUGUCUGUAUAUGAGGAAUUGGUGAGGGGAAAGAUUGUUUUCCACAUUAAGGUGAAAUUUAUUAAAAUAAUAAUAAUAGAGUAAUGUAAAUAAUGUAGUUGUUUGGAGUGCCAUAAUAUAUAAAUCUAUUCACAUUUUUGGUUGGUUGCUUUUGACAGGGUUUGAGCUUCCUGACGUGUUAUUUCCAAAGAUGACGAGCCAGCAAAAGGAUUUAGGGUGGUAAUUUUGUGAAAACUGUAACAUAUACUAACUAGACUAUACAUAGCACUUCUAUUUGAGAUCUCAUCAUUAAAUCUAAAAAUGCAGUGAAAAAGUCUUGUUUAGAAAUCAUAUUAACAGAGUUCAUAGGAUAAUUAAUCCGUCCAGCUGUGACCUAUUUGCACAUUGAAGCAUUUUUAAGAAGCCCAUUAUGUCAUAAUUGUAUAUAGCUUGCAUAAUAUUAUUAUUUUAUUACUUUUAAGAAUUCAGUUCACCCUGUUACCUCAGCAGCCUCUUUUAGUCAAAUGUUAGUUAGUAUAAUAGAGCAUCUUACACUGAAGUUUCUCCAUUGACAUCUAUAUUGUAAAAAGUCAUUAAAAGUGAGUUAAUUUAAACAUAAGAGAAAUGCUUUGAGAGGAAUUAUAUUAUUAGGAACUAUAAUUUACCCUUUUUAAAUUGCUAUUAAAAAUGGAAGGAUCGAUACGUGUAUUUUCUGUAUUUGAGAAUAAAGUUUAUUCAAAUACACAUUUGCCUCAUGAAAUUAGGCAUGCAAUUAGUCCUAUUGACUGUGUAUAUAACUGAGCUCUAGUUUUGGUGGUGAUCAUUUUUAAGCAUGCUUUGGUAAUAGUUUAAGAUAUACAUUUUAUUUUAUUUUGCUAUAUGAAUUAUUAAUAACUGGCUUUUUGGAUUAAUAUGUUUUGUUAUUGAAUUCUAUUGUGUGUUUAUUGGAUGUUAAAAUAUGAGCUGCUGAUGUGUUCAGAAUUAUCUUUGUUCAUUGACUGAUCAUAUAUUACAUUCAUCCUGUGGAAAUUAAAGUAACUGCUUAAAGUAAAAAGAA